AUGAAUUCUUCUCAAACUUCCGGCUGGCAGGUCCUAGCGACCAGCAGAAAGCUCCUCAUAUUCUGUGUUCUCGGACUCUUCCUCCUCGCCAUCGGUAUGGACCUCCGAGGAGAGCCCGGAUCUAGAUACAACCAAAAAAUGUCCAAGCGCGACACCACCAGCCCUGACAACACCGACAUCUGGCAACCAGAGGCUGGAGUCAAGUGGCAAAUUCAACUUGUCGAUCCAGUCGAAGAUACCACCGUCGAUGCCGACAUCUGGGACAUCGAUCUCUUUGAAAACACUGGUGAAACAAUCACCGCUCUAAAGAGCAAAGGCCACAAAGUUAUCUGCUACUUCUCUGCCGGCACGUACGAAGACUGGCGUCCGGAUAUCAGCAAGUUCGAUCCCAAAGACUUUGGCAGCAACCUCGAUGAAUGGCCAGGCGAGCGCUGGCUCGAUCUCAAGUCGGAUAAGAUCCGCGCGAUUAUGAUCUCGCGACUGGAUAUUGCCAAGGACAAGGGCUGCGACGGUGUGGACCCGGACAAUAUCGAUGCGUACGGAAAUGAGAAUGGUCUUGGGUUAACGGAAGCCGACUCGAUCGACUUUUUGACUUUCCUGGCAAAGGAGUCGCAUUCCCGUGGCAUGGCUAUCGGGUUAAAGAACGGGGGCGAUAUUAUCGGCUCUGUUAUUGAUAUGAUGCAGUGGUCUGUCAAUGAGCAGUGUGCUGAGUACAAUGAGUGUGAGACGUAUGCUGCAUUCACGGAAGUCAACAAGCCUGUUUUCCAUAUUGAAUACUCCGGGGAAUCUCUUGAGGCUCGGGACUUUGAUGAUACUUCUGCCACCCCCUCAGCUCUGACUGGCAGCGGGGCCACCGCUGCUGGCAGUAUUGGUCUUACCUCUGUGGCCUCCGAUGAUACUGGCAACCUCGCCGGCCCCCUUGAAGUUGCCGACCCUAAGGAGGGUGCAACUAGCACCACUACCCAGGCGCCCAAUGGGGGUGGCGACACCGCUACUGAUAGUGUUUCUAACAGCCUCGCUGGUCUCCUUGGAUACAUUGAUUCCAAGGAGGGUACUUCUGGUCCUACCACCGAAGCUCCCACAGGCAGCGGAGCCACCGUUGCGGACAGUAUCACGCCUCAAGGCUCUGGCGACAUUUCUGGCAGCCUCUCUGGACCCCUUGAAUAUAUUGACCCUAAGGAGAGUGCAACUAGCACCACUUCUGAGGCUCCCAUUGGCAACUCUGAUAACACUCUGGACAGCGUCGCUGCUCCAGUUGAUUAUCUUGACCUCAAGCCUGAAGCCGGUGGUGAUGUUAACGCCGAUGUGACUAAGGAAGAAAACCUACGUGGACACGGUCUCUACAAGGUCCGAUCCAGAAGUGUGCUCUCCAAGUUGAAGAUAUCAGCCUGUAACGCAGCAAACGCCGACAAGUUCUCGACUGUCAUCAAGAACAUGGAUCUUGAUGCUUGGGUAGAAUAUUGUUGA